GAGGAUCUUGUUUCCUCCUGCUUGGUCCCGGUCGUGGGGAGGAGAAGGAGUAGGAGCGGGCGGAAUGUUCUUCCUCUUCCGCGGGCCGCAGCGGCGCGGCACCGGCAGCCCCGCGCCCCUCACCUGCCGGGGCGCCCCCCGGCACCACGGCCCCGGCCGGAGGGGUGCCCGCCGCUCCCGCCCGGCCCCUCGGCCCGGGGGUCCCGGCACCGCCGGCACUGCGCGGAGCCGGGGGAGGUUAAACCAUAGUGGUGCGUCCCCCAUGGAGCAUCAGCGGACUGCCGAGGAGCCGGGGCCCCGGCCGCUCCCCGCUUUUGGGCAGGAUGGGAAGCCGCACUCGGGCGCUCCAGGCUCCGGCACAGGGGACCCCGAGGACCUGCUGGACGUGGCACAGACCCCCCCGCUGCAGGGAUACUCGGUGCUGCAGGGGCUGGUGGGGCCGGCCUGCAUCUUCCUUCGGCAGAGCAUUGCCAUCACCCAGCGGGACCGGGAGCUGCGGCCUGAGGAGAUUGAAGAGCUGAAGCAGGCGUUCCGGGAGUUUGACAAGGACCAUGAUGGCUACAUCAGCUACAAGGACCUGGGCGAGUGCAUGCGGACCAUGGGCUACAUGCCCACGGAAAUGGAGCUCAUCGAGCUGUCCCAGCAGAUCACUGGGGGCAAGGUGGAUUUUGAUGAUUUUGUGGAGCUGAUGGGCCCCAAGAUGCUGGCAGAGACAGCGGAUAUGAUUGGGAUCAAGGAGCUGCGUGAUGCCUUCCGUGAGUUUGACACCAAUGGGGACGGGCAGAUCAGCAUGCCGGAGCUGCGGGAGGCCAUGCGCAAGCUCCUGGGGCAGCAGCUCAACUACCGGGAGGUGGAUGAGAUUCUCAAGGAUGUGGAUCUCAAUGGCGAUGGCCUGGUGGACUUCGAAGGUAGGAGCAGGGAAGGGGCCAGGAGCACCCCCAGGGACAUCUGGGAUGUUCCGCGUGUGUUUUUCCCCGGCAGAGUUUGUGCGGAUGAUGUCGCGCUGAGGGUGGCGUGUGCCAACGCGGGACCCAAGCCCCCCGUGCCUUACGAAGAGGAGGGGGCCACAGAGGGACCCCCAGCUCCAGGGGCUGGGGCGGUGCUGGCGCAGCAGCGCUCGUGCCUGGGGUGAGGCCGAGUGCCGGAGCUGCUCCGAUGCCGAGGUCUGACCAUGGCGGGAGGCACUGGGGCAAAUGUCGGGACCCUUUUCGGCACAGGCUCGGCCAAGCUUCGACUGCUCUCACCCUCAUCUCUGCUCUCUCCCUGCACCAUCCUCCUUCCCACCCUGACCUCACCCUAAAAGGUGCACCAUUUUGGUCCCCUCUCCUUCAGCUGUGCCCCAUCCCUUCUGCUCAUCUCUCCAGCCUCCAUUCCCACUCUGUAUGCCACGCUGAGCCCCUCAGGCUCCCCACACACCGUGUUUAAUGCGGACUGCACAGCAUAACCUGCCCUGUCACUGGUUUGAGCUCAGACCUACCCCAGACCCGCCUAGGGUGAGGCAUCCCUCCCCUUUUGGGGCCAGCACAGACUCUCAUGGAUGUUCUGACAGCCCCCAGCACAGGGGAGGCUCCUAGCACCCCGGCCAGGAGACCCUCGAGGAGAGAAAUAAAGCAUUACCAGGUGGGAGGGCCUCAGCCAGCUGCAGGCAGGGCUGCUGCAGGAACCCCUCCCUGCCCUGGCUGCAGUUUUGGGGCCAAUUUUGCCCUUUUGAAAUGAUAAAACUCUCUCUACAGA